ACACACACACACACACACACAUACACACACACACACACACACACACACACACACACACACACACACACAUAUACACACACACACACAUACAUGCAUACAUACAGUGGGGCAAAAAGUAUUUAGUCAGCCACCAAUUGUGCAAGUUCUCCCACUUAAAAAUAUGAGAGAGGCCUGUAAUUUCAUCAUAGGUACACUUCAACUAUGACAGACAAAAUCAGGAAAACAUUUCCAGAAAAUCACAUUGUAGGAUUUUUAAUUAAUUUAUUUGCAAAUUAUGGUGGAAAAUUUGGCAGGUAGUUCCUCUGUCCCCGUCCAUCUCUCUGUCCCUCUGUCCCCGUCCAUCUCUCUGUCCCUCUGUCCCUGUCCAUCUCUCUGUCCCCGUCCAUCUCUCUGUUCCUCUGUCCCCGUCCAUCUCUCUGCCCCCGUCCAUCUCUCUGUCCCCGUCCAUCUCUCUGUCCCUCUGUCCCCGUCCAUCUCUCUGUCCCUCUGUCCCCGUCCAUCUCUCUGUCCCUCUGUCCCCGUCCAUCUCUCUGUUCCUCUGUCCCCGUCCAUCUCUCUGUCCCUCUGUCCCUGUCCAUCUCUCUGUCCCCGUCCAUCUCUCUGUCUCUCUGUCCCCGUCCAUCUCUCUGUCCCUCUGUCCCCGUCCAUCUCUCUGUCCCUCUGUCCCCGUCCAUCUCUCUGUCCCUCUGUCCCCGUCCAUCUCUCUGUCCCUCUGUCCCCGUCCAUCUCUCUGUUCCUCUGUCCCCGUCCAUCUCUCUGUCCCCGUCCAUCUCUCUGUCCCUCUGUCCCUGUCCAUCUCUCUGUCCCCGUCCAUCUCUCUGUUCCUCUGUCCCCGUCCAUCUCUCUGUUACUCUGUCCCCGUCCAUCUCUCUGUCCCCGUCCAUCUCUCUGUUACUCUGUCCCCGUCCAUCUCUCUGUCCCCGUCCAUCUCUCUGUCCCUGUCCAUCUCUCUGUCCCCGUCCAUCUCUCUGUCCCUGUCCAUCUCUCUGUUCCUCUGUCCCCGUCCAUCUCUCUGUUCCUCUGUCCCCGUCCAUCUCUCUGUCCCUCUGUCCCCGUCCAUCUCUAUGUCCCUCUGUCCCCGUCCAUCUCUCUGUUACUCUGUCCCCGUCCAUCUCUCUGUCCCCGUCCAUCUCUCUGUCCCUGUCCAUCUCUCUGUCCCCGUCCAUCUCUCUGUCCCUGUCCAUCUCUCUGUUCCUCUGUCCCCGUCCAUCUCUCUGUUCCUCUGUCCCCGUCCAUCUCUCUGUCCCUCUGUCCCCGUCCAUCUCUCUGUCCCUCUGUCCCCGUCCAUCUCUCUGUCCCUCUGUCCCCGUCCAUCUCUCUGUUCCUCUGUCCCCGUCCAUCUCUCUGUUCCUCUGUCCCCGUCCAUCUCUCUGUCCCUCUGUCCCCGUCCAUCUCUCUGUCCCCGUCCAUCUCUCUGUCCCCGUCCAUCUCUCUGUCCCCGUCCAUCUCUCUGUCCCCGUCCAUCUCUGUUCCUCUGUCCCCGUCCAUCUCUCUGUUCCUCUGUCCCUGUCCAUCUAUCUGUUCCUCUGUCCCCGUCCAUCUCUCUGUCCCCGUCCAUCUCUCUGUUCCUCUGUCCCCGUCCAUCUCUCUGUUCCUCUGUCCCCGUCCAUCUCUCUGUCCCCGUCCAUCUCUCUGUUCCUCUGUCCCCGUCCAUCUCUCUGUUCCUCUGUCCCCGUCCAUCUCUCUGUUCCUCUGUCCCCGUCCAUCUCUCUGUUCCUCUGUCCCCGUCCAUCUCUCUGUUCCUCUGUCCCCGUCCAUCUCUCUGUUCCUCUGUCCCCCGUCCAUCUCUCUGUUCCUCUGUCCCUGUCCAUCUCUCUGUUCCUCUGUCCCCGUCCAUCUAUCUGUCCCCGUCCAUCUCUCUGUUCCUCUGUCCCCGUCCAUCUCUCUGUUCCUCUGUCCCCGUCCAUCUCUCUGUCCCUCUGUCCCCGUCCAUCUCUCUGUUCCUCUGUCCCCGUCCAUCUCUCUGUUCCUCUGUCCCCGUCCAUCUCUCUGUCCCCGUCCAUCUCUCUGUUCCUCUGUCCCCGUCCAUCUCUCUGUUCCUCUGUCCCCGUCCAUCUCUCUGUCCCUCUGUCCCCGUCCAUCUCUCUGUUCCUCUGUCCCCGUCCAUCUCUCUGUCCCUCUGUCCCCGUCCAUCUCUCUGUCCCCGUCCAUCUCUCUGUUCCUCUGUCCCCGUCCAUCUCUCUGUCCCUCUGUCCCCGUCCAUCUCUCUGUCCCCGUCCAUCUCUCUGUCCCCGUCCAUCUCUCUGUUCCUCUGUCCCCGUCCAUCUCUCUGUCCCCGUCCAUCUCUCUGUUCCUCUGUCCCCGUCCAUCUCUCUGUCCCUCUGUCCCCGUCCAUCUCUCUGUCCCUCUGUCCCCGUCCAUCUCUCUGUUCCUCUGUCCCCGUCCAUCUCUCUGUCCCCGUCCAUCUCUCUGUCCCCGUCCAUCUCUCUGUCCCCGUCCAUCUCUCUGUUCCUCUGUCCCCGUCCAUCUCUCUGUUCCUCUGUCCCUGUCCAUCUCUCUGUUCCUCUGUCCCCGUCCAUCUCUCUGUUCCUCUGUCCCCGUCCAUCUCUCUGUUCCUCUGUCCCUGUCCAUCUCUCUGUCCCUCUGUCCCCGUCCAUCUCUCUGUCCCUCUGUCCCUGUCCAUCUCUCUGUUCCUCUGUCCCCGUCCAUCUCUCUGUCCCCGUCCAUCUCUCUGUCCCCGUCCAUCUCUCUGUUCCUCUGUCCCUGUCCAUCUCUCUGUUCCUCUGUCCCCGUCCAUCUCUCUGUCCCCGUCCAUCUCUCUGUCCCCGUCCAUCUCUCUGUUCCUCUGUCCCCGUCCAUCUCUCUGUUCCCGUCCAUCUCUCUGUCCCCGUCCAUCUCUCUGUCCCUCUGUCCCCGUCCAUCUCUCUGUCCCCGUCCAUCUCUCUGUCCCCGUCCAUCUCUCUGUCUGCAGGACGGUGGUUCUCUGGAUCAGUCUCUGAAGAAAGCAGGAAAGAUACCAGAACAGAUCCUGGGGAAAGUCAGCAUCGCUGUGAUUAAAGGCCUGUCCUACCUGAGAGAGAAACACAAGAUCAUGCAUAGAGAUGUGAAGCCAUCGAACAUCUUGGUUAGCUCCCGUGGUGAGAUCAAGCUGUGUGACUUUGGAGUGAGCGGUCAGCUCAUCGACUCCAUGGCCAACUCCUUUGUGGGAACCCGCUCCUACAUGUCUACCAUUUCCGGAGACCUUCUCCCUUACCUCACCUCGCUCAUCAACUCAUCCCUGACCGCUGGCUACGUCCCUUCCGUCUUCAAGAGAGCGAGAGUUGCACCCCUUCUGAAAAAACCUACACUCGAUCCCUCCGAUGUCAACAACUACAGACCAGUAUCCCUUCUUUCUUUUCUCUCCAAAACUCUUGAACGUGCCGUCCUUGGCCAGCUCUCCCGCUAUCUCUCUCAGAAUGACCUUCUUGAUCCAAAUCAGUCAGGUUUCAAGACUAGUCAUUCAACUGAGACUGCUCUUCUCUGUAUCACGGAGGCGCUCCGCACUGCUAAAGCUAACUCUCUCUCCUCUGCUCUCAUCCUUCUAGACCUAUCGGCUGCCUUCGAUACUGUGAACCAUCAGAUCCUCCUCUCCACCCUCUCCGAGUUGGGCAUCUCCGGCGCGGCCCACGCUUGGAUUGCGUCCUACCUGACAGGUCGCUCCUACCAGGUGGCGAAUCGCAUCUCUGCAUGUCUGGCAGACAUAUCAGUGUGGAUGACGGAUCACCACCUCAAGCUGAACCUCGGCAAGAUGGAGCUGCUCUUCCUCCCGGGGAAGGACUGCCCGUUCCAUGAUCUCGCCAUCACGGUUGACAACUCCAUUGUGUCCUCCUCCCAGAGCGCUAAGAACCUUGGCGUGAUCCUGGAUAACACCCUGUCGUUCUCAACUAACAUCAAGGCGGUGGCCCGUUCCUGUAGGUUCAUGCUCUACAACAGGGGUCCCCAAACUUUUUCCUGUGAGGGCCACAUAACUUUUCCCUUCUCUGAUGGGGGGCCGGUGUCAGUUUGUAACAGAAAAAGUGUGACGAUCGUAGGGGAGCUUAAAAAAUGUAUUGUUUUCCAGAAAGCCACACAUAACCAAAUAACCCUUUCCAGGUUCUUUACAGAAAAAAAAGUCAGGAAACAAAUAAUAACACUAUUAAUGAAAUAA